CAGUAAUAUUUAAUAAUGGCUGACGGAGAAUCUUCGAGGCGCCCAAACAUGCUCGCAGUCAAUGUCUCUGCUCGAUUUAAAAGCGCUGACCGGACCUGACCAAGCUAAGAGCAGCCAGCAAGACUGAAAUCCGGCCAAACCAGAGCUCCCGCGAAGCUUCCACUCUCCGAGGCUUCCCCCUUGUAUAAAAAGCCCCGCUCCCACCCCAUGAAGCUCAUUCUGUCAUUCUUGAUUUGUAUUAUAGCAAUCGUCUUCUCCUAUAACAGCGGAUCCUUCAAGUACCUGAUCUCUCGUCUACAACAGAACAGCCCAGCAGUACUAACACAGUACCUCGGAGUCAAAACGACUGAGAUCUCCAAUUCCACUUUGAUUCCUGAACACCCAGUUACCGUCCUACCCAUAACAGACAUGUCGGUUCCUCGUGCCAUCCGCAUGGCCUUCCAGGCCAUUGAGACCGGAGAGGGUGCUGGUGCUCGCGUUCGCCGCUCCAUCGGUACUCCUAAGCUGCGCAACUUCAGUCCUUUCCUCAUGCUCGACCACUUCACCAUUGGCACUGGCGCCGGUUUCCCCGAUCACCCUCAUCGUGGACAAGAGACCAUCACAUAUCUCCUUUCUGGCGGUGUUGACCACGAGGACUUUGCUGGCAACAAGGGCACCAUUGGACCGGGCGACCUCCAGUUCAUGACGGCCGGCAAGGGUAUCAUGCACGCGGAGAUGCCUCAUGAGAACCCCGAUGGAAGCCCCAACGUCGGUAUGCAGUUGUGGGUCGAUCUGCCCAAGAAGCUGAAGAUGUGCGAACCCCGCUACCGCGAUCUGCGUGCCGGUGAGAUCCCCACUGUGAACGUCGACGAUGGCCGAGUCACCAUUAAGGUCAUCUCCGGUCAAUCGCACGGAGUCGACUCAGUGCAAGACCUGGCCUACACUCCCGUUUGGAUCUUCGACAUCACCAUCCGCCCCGGUGGAAAGGUCAAGCAGCCUCUGCCUCAGGGAUGGAACGCAUUCGCCUACACGCUCGAUGGCACAACCAUCUUCGGUUCUUCGGACCAGACCCGCCCAGUGAAGAAGUUCCACAAUGUGGUCUUUGAGCAGAAGGGUGACUAUGUCGAGAUGUCAAUUCCUGAUAACGCGGAGGAAGAGGCGAGGAUCUUCCUGGUCGCUGGUCAGCCUCUGGACCAGAAAGUUGUCCAGUACGGUCCUUUUGUCUUGAACAGCCAGGAGGAGGUCUACCAGGCCAUGCUCGACUACCAGAGCGGUGCAAAUGGAUUCGAGAGAGCUAGAGGCUGGCAGAGCGAGAUCGGCAAGAGAAUGGCCUUUUGAAAACGAAAAGAAAAGAAAGACAAAAGUGGGAAGAGAAGAGAUGGAAAUUUGAUGCAUGACACCAUGAUGUUACUGAUUUCUUGAAUUGUAUCUCUACAGUUGGAGUUGAUGGAUCCUCCACGAUUUGUUUUCGCUGUUCUAAUUAGCAUUUUGUUUCGGAAUUGAUACCUAUAGAGUUGUACUGAAUAUAUACAUUGUCUCUACG